UAUUAUAAACCACUAAAUAAAUAAAUAUGCAUACAUUUAUUUUUUUCAAAUGCGCCAAUCACAGUGGUCUGCAUACAUCUGACUCCUCCUGUUGGAACUCACUUCGCAGAGCUCAACAAGCAGAGACACUUGGCUGAAGUUCACAUUGAUGCUCUUUUGAUUGCGCAAGCCAGGCUCGCUAGUUUAUUUGGAAGUGUACAUAAUGUCGGCAGGCACCAGAUCUGGGAAAGUUUUAAGAAAGAACACAACAGCAGCGAAGGACGACAAAAUGCUCCCCUCCGCCUCCGCUCAAACAUGUGACAUCAACUUUGACAGUGGUGAUGACUCCACAGAUACCCCCCAUGUCUCUGAACCGAAGAAAGGUGACCGGUCACCAACGGUGAAGAAUCUCCUCCAAAAGGCCAAGAUGAGAGAGCGGUCUCACGAUAAGAAACUCCAGAAAGUGAUAAAGGAGAGGGAUGCUCUUCGCAAACAACUGGCAUACCUGUCUAAAGCUCCCAGAGAAGAACAAUCUUCAGAGGAAGACACUGCCUCCUGCUCAUCAUUGUCUUCAAUGAGCCGGUCCUCCUCCUGUUCUUCCUCCUCCUCCUCAGAUGAGAAGAUGAAACGAAAGGGCAAGGGAAAACUCAGACUUUCAAAGACAAAGAACAAAAUAAAGAAGGCCAGGAAGCACCACAAAGUGACUGAUGUCCGCAAAAGAGCCCGUGGCCCUUUUGAAGUGAUAAGAAGAUACAAGAAGGUCCUGAAAGCAUACAAUCGGGGCUUGAAAUUGUCGGCUUCCUGUGCAUACGCAGGGGUGAACGAACUCACAGUCAGGUCCACGGCAAGCAUUGCAGAGCUGGCAACAGCGUCACCUGCCGAGUUCACAAAGCUCCUCGAUAAAACCAAACAGGGAAAGCUGAAAGAUGUAGCAAAUUUAUGCGAAAACUACAUUAAAGGUGAUGCUCAGGUUCAGACAAAAAUAGAUGACUUAAAAAGUCAAUGCAAAUUAAUCCCGUAUGCAAAGAGAGCAUAAUUAU